AUGACCAGCGAAGAACUUGCGAAGCCCCGGCGCUCUUGCGCCGGCAUCCUUUUCGAUGCUCUGGGAUUGGACUCUCUGUACCGGUCUGCCCCCGAUGUCAAACUGCUUUGCGCUCAGCGUUUUGUGCGCCUUUUCGCCUACGGUGCCUCGACGCUCGUGCUCGUUUCCUUCCUCCGCGAGCUGCAGGCAUCCCAAACUCUCAUCGGACUCUUCAUGACUCUGACUCUUGGUGGCGAUAUUGCCAUCAGCUUCCUCCUUGCCCUAUUUGCUGAUGGGAUCGGCCGUAGAGCUACCCUCGCCCUGGGGGCCAUCCUCAUGACGGCCAGUGGUCUCGUCUUUGCGUGGUCUGAUAACUACUGGAUUCUUCUAGCAGCAGCUAUUCUGGGCGUUAUUAGCCCAAGUGGCAACGAGAUUGGUCCAUUCCGGGCUGUCGAGGAGAGUAUCAUCGCUCAUCUCAACACAUCUACCCACCUAAGCGAUAUCUACGCCUGGUACAGCCUAUCAGGGACGGCUGGCACAGCGUUUGGCAUUGUGACCUGCGGCUGGGUCAUCCACCAUCUUCACCAGGUCCUUUCUAAGCCUCUGCUCGAGGCUUACCGUCUGGUCUUCCUUGCCUAUUCCGCCGUUGGCGUUGUCAAAUUUCUCCUGGUUCUUCUUCUUAGCCGAGCUGUGGAAGCUGAGGUUGAAGCGGAAGAGCCUACACAAAGCGAGACAGCUCCUCUACUGGGGGAAAGGGAAGAGCGCACAAAGCCUGCGCAGACUCGCCGCAGCUUGCUUCCCAACGUCAGCAAGCAGAGUAUCCCAGUUGUCAUUAGCCUGUGCAUCCUCUUUGCGCUCGACGCCUUCGCUUCUGGUCUUGCUCCUCUGUCAUGGGUCACCUACUUCUUCAAGUCGCACUACAACAUCGAGGAGGGCAGGCUCGGGUCUAUCUUCUUCGUCACCAGCAUCAUCUCCGCCUGUUCGACCAUCGUGGCUUCGUUCCUUGCCAAACGUUUCGGAAAUGUCAAGACCAUGGUCUUCACCCAUCUGCCCUCCGCCGUCUUCCUUGCUCUGAUCCCCAUCCCCAACGAAGCUCACUGGUCCGUUCUGUUCCUCGCCCUGCGUGCCUGUACGCAAUCCAUGGACGUCGCACCGCGCUCCGCCUUCCUCGCCACCAUCUUCCAGCCCCGGGAGCGGACCGUGAUCCUCGGUUUGGUCAAUGUCGUGAAGACGAGUGCGCAGAGCAUGGGCCCGCUGAUCACCGGCGUCCUCGCCGACUCGAACUAUUUCUACCUCUCGUUCAUCUGCGCCGGAUCGUUGAAAGCAUGCUACGACCUUGGAUUAUUGGCAGUCUUUAAGAAUCACGAGGCGGACAGGAAGAAAGUCACGGCAAAGGAUGACCCAGAGGAAUAA